UCGGCGCAAGUCAGUGGGGGCGUCGUGUCGCUUCGUCUCGCUUCGCGUAGCGUCGCGUGUGCGCGUCACAGCCAGGGCCCUGCCGGCGCGGUUGAAUGCGGCGGAAUCUAAUACUGGCCCAAAGACAAUAUCUCUAGCAGCUGACUAGCAGUCAGUCAGAGAGGCUGCAUCUGUCAUCGCAGUUCCCUACAACAUUAACCAGCAUCUGAUACAGAGGAGGAAGUCACCAGUCACCUGUAACGCUGAGACACAAAGAGGAGCUGAGAACAGCUCAGCACGUAGUGGGGAACUAGAAAUAAGAAGUUAGCAUCACAAUCAGAUCACAAAGGUGGAAGACUCCAAAAUGAAUUCAGUUUUCGCGAGACGAAAGUCGAGUGAAAAGUUUUUGAAGAGGAACGGCUUCAACGCAAAGCUACUUGGUUUAUGCGACAGAAAUAAAAAUGACCUAUCGCAGGACACCGUGCCUUUAGAGAAUCAAGUUGCAGGACAUUGUGCAUCUGAUGGAAAAUCAUCGUUAGGAAUGUUGAAGCACAAAGAUGGUUAUGUCCUCAAGCCUAUAGAGAAACCGGUUCAGGGUGAACGGGAAAUUAAGUUUUACGAAGAGUUACAAGAAGCUACGGAUCCAGUUUCUACAGCUCUUCGAUCUUUUGUGCCACAAUAUUUAGGUACAACUGAAAUGAAGAUCAAUGAGAAAGAUAUUAAGUUCCUCAUUUUAAAAGAUGUGACUGAUGGUUUCGCAGAGCCUUGUGUUAUGGAUGUUAAAAUAGGGAAACAAACUUGGGAUCCUGAAGCAACAGAAGAGAAAAUAAAAAAUGAACAGAAAAAGUAUAUGGAGUGUAAAAGGGACUUGGGAUUUUGUAUCCCAGGUUUCCAGGUGUACAAGAUUUCGAAUGGAAAACUUAUGAAAUAUGGAAAAGAUUAUGGGAAACGCUUGAACAAAAGUUCAGUUAUUGAUGCAUUCCGUAUGUUCCUGAAUGCUGACUCGGGGUUGAGUAGACACUUAGUGUUGCAAUUUGUGGCAAGACUGUGGCGUAUCCUAUGCUGGUGCAGGUCUCAGCGACUCUACCGGUUCUAUUCAAGUUCUCUGUUGCUGAUUUAUGAUGCUAGACGUUUACGCCAGACAUUGGGCACGGGGCUGGCACGCCCUCUCAGCCCAACACUGUCAGCCAGCUGUAGUGCCAAUGGCCGUUUCAACAGUCCACCUGCAUCUCCACUGUUUGAAGCUCCACUGACACCAGAUCGUCUUGGACAAUCUGUAUUUUUCCCAGAUAGGUCGACGCGCCUGUCCUCGUGCUCCAGCAGUGCCAGUACGUCUGCAUCUGGCACACCUACUUCAUCUCUUUCCAGGCAGAAUAGUUUCCUCAGCGAUGACAGCUGGCAUCCAAGUUUUGAAGAAAUAUGUAGGACACAUUCACUUAUAAAUAAUUAUGAGAAAGAUCUACAAUCAAUGAAAGAAAAUUACACAUUCCAAUUGGAGGACUUGCUGAGUGCUGAGAGGCGAGGUACACGAGAGCCGUGGGUGAAAAUUAAAAUGAUUGACUUCGCACACGCUUUCCCAGGGGUCGGGAGUGAUCCAGAUGUGAAUUAUUUGGAAGGGAUUGAAAAUCUUGUUAAAGUUUUUGAAAGCUUACUUGAGGAAGUAGUCUGCUAACAUCAAAUGACUGGAUUAUGAAAUAUGGUAGAGAUUGAAGCCAUUGAAACCUAUUGAAUUCUUUCCUUAAUACGAAUAAUUUUUAUCACAUUUGGAGUACACUUUAUAAAUAAAUUUUUAAUAUUACAUA